ACGUCUGGUGAGACAGGCACCGCCCACCAAAUACCUGCUGCAGAGUGGAAUGUUCUGCAAGUCUGGCGUUGGGUGUACUACCUGAGCUCAGCCUUACAUUGGUUCAGGAUCUAUCAUCAGGAUUGUAACAUUUCUUUACUUUUAGAAUGGCAUCUAAAGCAUUGUAUUCGCAACGUGAUCCUGCAUUGAGGAGGAGAGACGACUUUGAAGAUAUUUUGGACGAGAGGCGGAACUCCAGCGAUGUGAGAUACGCUCUGAGAUGUUACACUCCUGUGCUCUACAAGGGAGUUGUUCCCUGCAAAGCCAGCAUGCUCAAGACGAUGGUGCUCCAAUCUGAUCAUCUUCGUUAUGUUAUUAAGCAGAUGUCGAAGGACACAGGGGAGUCGCCUGAGAUUAUCCAGGAGGAGGCAGCUGUGAUCCUGGAGGAGAUGGCCCACCGGCUCCAGCUCAGCACCGUGCGCUUUUUUGCCUUCGUCUUGAGCAAGGCCUUCAAGACCCUGUUCCGGAGAGUCCGAGUAAAUGAGGAAGGCAUCCAGAGGCUUCAGCAGGCUAUUCAGGAGCAUCCAGUGGUGCUGCUUCCCAGUCAUCGCAGUUACAUUGACUUCCUCAUGCUGUCCUACAUUCUCUACACGUGCGAUCUCUCCCUGCCUGUUAUUGCGGCUGGAAUGGACUUUCUGGGGAUGAAGUUUGUUGGCGAGAUGUUGCGAGCAUCUGGUGCUUUUUUCAUCCGGCGUUCGUUUGGAGGGGACAAACUCUACUGGGCUGUGUUCUCUGAAUAUGUGAAAACCAUGCUAAGGAAUGGCUUUGCUCCAGUUGAGUUCUUUUUAGAAGGAACCAGAAGUCGCACAUGCAAAUCCCUGACCCCCAAGACAGGGCUGUUGAAUAUUGUGAUGGAACCUUUCUUCAAGGGGGAGGUGUUUGACAUUAGUCUGGUGCCCAUCAGCAUAAGUUACGAGAGGGUGCUAGAAGAGGCACUGUACGCUCGAGAGCUUCUCGGAGUCCCCAAACCUAAAGAGUCUACCUCAGGGCUAUUAAAAGCAAGAAAAAUACUCAGUGAUGAUUAUGGCAGCAUACAUGUAUACUUUGGCCAGCCCCUAUCAGUCCGGAGUCUGGCACAGGGGAAGAUUGUCCGUUCCCAUUACAACUUGGUCCCCAGACAAAUUCCCAGGAAACCUAGCAAAGAGACCCAAGCCUUUGUCAAUGACACAGCAUUCAAGAUAGUGCGCCUGCAGGAAGAGAAUAUGGUCCUAAGGCCCUGGGUGCUGGUUGCUUCCAUUCUGAUGCAGAACCUGGGUGGGAUAGAUUUAUCUCUCCUCACCGAAAAGACUGCCUGGCUGAGAAGUAUAGCACAGUCUUUUGGAGCCUUCCUGGACUGGCCUGAUCAUGUAUCCAUGAAUAAGAUGGUUUCCUCCAGUGUGUUGCUGCAUCAUGACAUUGUGACUCUCACAGGGGGGUGUGUGGUGCUACUGGAGGGACAGCAGGGGCCCGAAAGCCCGGAGGAAGGAGUCUUCAGGCGUGCUGUCACUGUGCUCAUGUGCGCCUCCUACAGGAACCAGGUGCUGCACAUCUUUGUGCGUCCAGCACUGGUCUCUGUGGCAGUUCAUACAACUGGCAGCACCAGGAGAGAAGAAGUCUUCGGUUGUUUCAGCUUUCUCUGGAAUGUGUUUGCCAAUGAAUUUAUCCUCUGUCCAGGAAGCACAGUCCAGGACUUUGAGGAAGCCUGUUACUUGCUGAUGAAGUGUGGAGCUGUUGAAAUAUUAAAGCAGGACAUUCUGGUGACAGAGAGAGGCCAUUCGAUCCUUUCCUUUCUUAGGGCUAUGGUAGAGCCCUUUCUGAAAGGUUAUCAGACGGUGUGUCAGUACCUUUGUGAAGAAGUCAAUGACGGUUUUGCCGAGAAAGAGUACGUCCCUGCGGUCCGCACCUUCGCAGUCAAAAGACUCUUAUCAGGAAGCCUCAAGUGCUAUGAAGUACUUUCUUCUGACAUGCAGAAAAAUGCCUUAGCUGCUCUGUUGAGGAUGAACAUAAUUAAAAAAGCCAAAAUUGCUGAUGACAUUUUUAUGAAAGUGAAUAAGAUCUCUGUGAACAGAUUAGAAGACUCACUAGGCGGUAAAAUACCCUUUCAAAAACCUGUCGUCGCUCGAUUGUAGUUCAACUGCCACAUGAGGAAAGAAAGCAGCACCUGGGAGUUACUGAUGCCUUCUUUAACACAAUGCCAAAUUAGCCAAGUCUGUGCAGCUAUACCAAGUGGAAAGGCCAUUUGAUUUCAGCUUCUGAAAAGACUUGACAGACUGCCAUUGAAGGCAGCCUUACUGUUGAAAACAGCUACAAAAAAUGCUGUUCUUAUUUUUAUUCAAAAAGAAAAUCUUUAAAAAGGUCAAGGUUAAGGACUUAGCUUACUCAUGUCUGUUACUCCUGCAGUUGAUUGAACGUGCUAAUGUUACCAAGGCUGUUUUAACAGUAAUACAGUGUGGUAACAAAUCGCAAAUGUAUAUAAAUAUGAUUCACUUCCCAAGCUUUCAGAGCAUUUACAGCAAAAAUAGGUGUUAACCAGCAUCACCGCCUUUGUUUGGAAUUUCUUUCUUGGUGCACAUUUUAUUUAUUUGAAAGUAUUUAUAUAUGAAACCAUUGAGUUCAGCAGGGAGCUGGGCAUGUUGCUUUGUGUGAUUAGGGAGAAAAAUAGAUUUGUAAGCAACUUUUGCCUGGUUUGUCAAUUUAAUGUUUUAUUAGUUGCAGCUGAAUCCUAGAGGAUCUCAAUCAUUGAGAUGUGCCAUUAUGGUUAUAUUCUGGGUUAGAAAUGCAUUGUUUAAUGGUAGAUUUUGUCCUUUCUAAAAAGUCAGGAGAAGAUUGUUGCAGUGGUGUUUGUCCAUUCUGUAGAAGUGAAGAACUUAAUAGGGUCUAACUUGCACACUUUAAGCCAUAUUGAUUAGUAAGCUGUUUUUAUUAAUGAAAGACUCUCUUUUGUCCUACAUUGUCUUUAUAAAACAAUGGUCAUGCUAUGGAUGAACAUGGUGCUUAGUGUCACCCUUUAUCUUGUUUUAAGAUUUGAUAAACAACUACGUACAUGUAUAUUGAAAUUUCAGCUCUACUUCAGUGGAAGUCUAGUCUAUAAUUUGGUUCUUCAGUUAUAUAAGUGUCUGUUAGCCUGGCACAUUUUUUUUAGAAACGGUAAAACAGCAAUGCAUGCAUUGUCAAUCUAGAAUAUUCCACUGUGAAAGUGCUGUUCAACACCCAAAUUAAAGAACACAGAGUACUGGACCCUGUAAUAUGAAAUCUUCAUCCCAGUCUUAUAGUACAGCACAGUUAUAGGUCAAAGAAUUGAGAAUGCUAUCAAUUAAGGAUUGCAUUUAAUGUUUUCGUGUUCAUUUUUGGAUUAUUAUUAUUUUGUUCGGUACAGAGAGAUAUCUAUGGUUUUUGUGAUAUCAGUGUCAAAACCCUCUUUGUCUGAACUUUACACAUUGAAUUUUUAUGAAUAGCAGUUAAAACAAACUUAGAAAAGAUGUCACUGAUGAAUAUAAUUUCAUAAGCACUAUUUAUGAAAUGAAGUAAGUGCCAAUAUCUUUGUUUGGGAAAGUAUCAAAUGUACUUGAAGGGUAUUAUGAUGGCAUCCUUUUUUCCCCUUAUGGUACCUGAUCCAUUCUGUAUGUAUUGCUAAGACAUCACAGUGGUGUUUGACUUUAUUUGUGCCUUAAAUGCAUAGCACUUACUGUACUAAACCAUCACAAAUGUAGGCUUAAUGUAUACAAAAAUAAUCCAUUUGUAGUAAUGAGUACUUUUAAAGAAACAUGAAAUAUUGCAUAAUAGCAUGCACAUACUAAGAAAAAAUUACUCUUUCCAAAAAACAUGCACACUUCCCUGGACAAAAGCACCGCAUCGUAUAAAAGCCAGAGAAGUAUGGCCAAAACCAUAGCAUCUCAUUAAUGAAGGCAAGGAUAGGAUUGAUAAAUGAGACCUAUUAUUUUGCCUUAAUGAGAACUUACAAUAAGCACCAGGAGUGUAAUGAAAGGACCAAGAGACUGAGUAUUUUCAUCUUCCACUCCCUAAACUGUCUUUAUUUUACACCAGAGGUAACAACAGUUUUGCAGUUCUGAGACCAAACUCCAUCCUGCAUCCUACAUCCCUUUGUUCUUUGUGCCUGGAGUAGAGAUUCAUUUUCUGCAAAUUGGAAGUUCACAUUCAAGGAUCCCUUGAAAACAAAGGAACAAAGGAAGUUUCAUAUGUAGCAGUGUUUGAAAUUAAGUGUUACUCACAAACUGUUCUAUUGACAACUUUUACAAUGGUUUGAUUAACUGUACUUUUAAUACAUCAUUGUAUAUAAUUCUUAUAAAAUGUAUGUGCUUUCAGUUUGGAGGUCUUUAGAUAAGGUUGAAAAUCCUUGCUCAAAGACAGCAGGGAAAACGGGUGUUUUUCACAGUCUGGUGGAAAGGAACUAAGUCUCUUGACCAAGAACUAAAAAUUGGACUUGAGCGAAUCUUAACUGAGGGUCUUCACAAAUCCUGUUAUGGGUUCUUGUUAAAACUUGUUUCCACCUUCGCACUCAGAUGAGUAUCAAUUAGAUGUUUAUGUAAAUUAAGUGGAAAUAUUCUCCAGAUCAUGCAGAAGUUAUUUCUGGGGACUGAAAAGAAUAUUUCAAGAUGUUUUAUAUACCUGCAAGUUACCUAUAACUAUAAUGCACUGUAGAUGUUUGCUGGACUUAUCUGUACUUAAGCUUAUUUUCCUCGUAAAGACAUUUGAAAUUAUCUGGACCUCCAUGUCUGUUAUUUUUGAAAAUUUUGCACUAACUGGUCUUGGAAUGUUGAUGCUGAAAUGGCUCCAGGUUUUUUUCUGUUGUACUGUGUGUUGCCAUUGACUUCUGUACACCUGUUCUCAAUGCUGUUAACCUUCUAAGCUGUUUUUGGUAAAGAUGUGGUUAUAUUAAUGUAA